CGCGCCGCGCGGCCGGACCCGCGGCCGCAUGGAGGCGGCGGAGGCGGCCAUCGUGCGGCUGCGGCACUGCGGCCCCGACAUCUUCUGCCGCCGCCCGCCGGAGCGGUGCCCGGCCUGCGGCCGCCCCCUGCGCGGCGGCGGCGCGCUGCCCGACGCCCCCGUGCGCCUCCCCAGCCCCUUCCGCCGCGGGCACCGCCAGCGCGGCGCCUUCGUGCUGCGGCCCGCGGCCGGCGCCGCCUUCCUCGGAGGAUACGACGGGAAGUCUGAUCUUCACGUUGGAAUAACCAAUACUAACGGCAUAGUGUAUAAUUACGAUGAGGAGGGCAUUCACAGAGAUGAAACUGGAUGGGAACAGUGCAUUAGUAUACCACUAGUACAGCCAGACAUGUUUGGGCUUCUUCACCAGUGGGAUAAGCUCCUAGAGGAAUUUUCUGCAGGAGAGGCCUGGCUACCUCACAGGUAUGAAGAACAUGACCACAACUGCUACACAUAUGCACUAGCAUUUAUUAACAGUGUGCUGACUGCACAGGGGAAGCAGCAAAUGAGUAAAAGUGAAUUCACAGAGAAGUUUGUGAUCCCACAAACAAAGAGAGCUUCUAGAUACAUUACUCUGCAUCAGGAGUUAACAGCUAAUGAGUUCUACAUUGUAUAUCAUCCUGAUCAAGAAAAACUGUGCUGAAAAUAACAAGCUGCUACAUUAAAACAGCUACAAAGGGAAUUCUUAGCAUCCAACUUUCAUGGUUUAAAAUAUUUGAUCAGUUUGCUGUAUUUAAAAACACAAUUUACUUCACAUAUAUUGAUGUGCCUGUUAUGAGUAAAUCAUGCUGUUUACUGGUGAUGAAACUCUAUUUGUGUAUGUGAAUGAAGUGACAUGCACUUUACACACUAUUGAAAAUUUCUGUGGGAACUGUUCAUAUGGAAAAAUGUUUUACCAUUUAUAUUUGCUAUACAGCGUGUUCCAUCAAGAUAUUUACCACUAGAAAUCCUAACUGCUGUGUAAUUAAGGGUUCUAACAGAUGAACGGUGGUAACUUAAGCUGUAGCUAACCAAAAUGUUAUUUUCCCAACUGUCACAAUUUUUUUUUAUAGACGGGUUUAAAUAAAAAGGGCAUUUGUGCCUGCA